GGAGCUCCUCCCCUGGAGAAGGAGGCUGGAUGUGUCCCCCAGUACAGCACACACAGGAGAACACUAUCAGGAGUGACAGGGGACAAAUCUCCGGGCACAGGGACACCGCCAGCCUCAUCCCCUGGGCACACUGUAUGGACUCCGAGGAGGGCGGACACAGCACCCCAUCCCCCAUCAUGGAUCAUGUACAGGAGAGAUGAGUAGCUGAGGAGAGGCGGGAGAGAAGGAGGAAGCCGGGGAGAGGAGCCCACCACCUGAAUCACCAUCUUCCCUGACUGGUCACAGCUCACCCCCCACACCGACAUGGAGAGCAGUGCAGGUGGUGUCAUUGCAUACAUCAGCUCCUCCAGCUCAGCCUCCAGCCCUUCCUCCUGCCACAGUGAGAGCUCCAAUUUCAGUUUCCAGUCUUCGUCCUCUCUGCCAUCUUCCCCCAGCAGUUCUGCCUCUGAAGGGAGUAGCAAUGGCAGCGGUGGCAAUGGGAACACCAGAAAAAGUGACCUUUCCGUUGGAAACCUCUUCUUCAACCUGGAGGAAUCUCAGAGGAACCAACAGGUGGACACACUGUGCAUAAGGACAACCUACACAAGUGCAGCAAUCCUGACCAAAAGCCAUGCAGGCCUCACCUCAAAAUUCAAUGGGAUGAUACUUCUGUGUAAGGUGUGCGGAGAUGUAGCCUCUGGAUUUCACUAUGGAGUCCACGCCUGUGAGGGAUGUAAGGGCUUUUUCAGAAGAAGCAUACAACAAAACAUCCAGUACAAAAAGUGCCUCAAGAAUGAGAGCUGUUCUAUCAUGAGGAUGAACCGAAAUCGCUGCCAGCAAUGCCGCUUCAAGAAAUGUUUGUCUGUCGGCAUGUCCAGGGAUGCUGUUCGUUUUGGUCGCAUCCCAAAGCGUGAAAAACAAAGAAUGCUGAUGGAAAUGCAGUCUGCCAUGAAGACUAUGAUGAACAGUCAGUUUGGUAGCUCGGGACCUCAAGAAGCACUGCCAGAUUACCAAGCUUCACCAUCAGUUUUGCCACCUGUGCCCCAUCCUGUUCAAGAAAACCUAGACAGCAAGGUUCAGCAAUAUCCCGAAAAAAGCCCCACGCUACCAUCCUCAUCUUCAAUUAAUCCAGCUCCUCCAUCUUCAGACAUUAGUAAGGAGGAUGUCAUUGGUACAGUAACUAGAGCUCACAGAGAGACCUUCAUGUAUAAUCAGGAGACUUCUGAAUUUAAAGGCGAAGCCAGCCACUACAAGGAAGAAAGGAUGAACAAUGUUAAAUACAGUAACAGUAACAAUAUUCAAUUCGAUAGUGUUGUCAACGUUGCUCGCUGUCCUGUUGGUGAAAGCCAGAACAACAUGAAUGGACAACAUAGGGGCAAAAACAACAUGGGUUGUCCCUAUUCCCAUGCCGUUUACUACUCUAAUGAACAGAACAUAAACAUUUCCAAUAGCUAUUCCCACAAGGAGUUCAGUAAAACACCCACGAUUGACGUGUCUCAGACUGAGCGCAUGAAUGGCUAUCCGUGCAAUAGAGGAAAAAGAAUGUAUUUGGUUUGUCCAAUGAGCGUGUCUCCUUACAUGGACCCAAAUAAAUCUGGACCUCAAAUCUGGGAAGAGUUCUCCACGAGUUUUACCCCGGCUGUGAAAGAAGUGGUGGAAUUUGCCAAGCGCAUUCCAGGAUUUAGGGACCUUUCACAGUAUGAUCAGGUUAACUUGCUGAAAGCUGGAACGUUUGAGGUUUUAAUGGUUCGGUUUGCAUCACUGUUUGAUGCGAAGGAGCGCACUGUCACCUUUCUAAGUGGGAGGAAGUACAAUGUGGAUGAACUGCGCUUCAUGGGAGCUGGCGAGCUGCUGAACUCAGUGUUUGAAUUCAGCGAGAAGCUUAAAGCACUGCAUCUUAGCGAGGAGGAGAUGAGUUUGUUUACAGCAGUUGUCCUCGUCUCUGCGGAUCGCUCUGGUAUUGAAAAUGUAAACUCUGUUGAAGCUUUGCAAGAGACUCUGAUCCGAGCCCUGAGGACUUUAAUCAUGAAAAACCAUCCUAACGAGGCCUCCACUUUUACCAGACUCCUCCUGAAGUUAGCAGACCUGCGUUCUCUAAAUAACAUGCACUCCGAGGAGCUUCUGGCUUUCAAGAUUCACCCAUAGGCCUAUAAAAACAAUUGCGUGUAAUGUCUACUGUAUAUUGUGUGACUGAUGAGGUGUUUUUUACUGGUAUUUGUGGCACAAGAUAAAUAUUAGUAGUUGUUUAAAUGUGCACCGUUGCUGCCUUCCAUUUUGUGGGUUUAUCAUGUUUAUUCAUGAAACUGCAGCCUCAAUACUUCAGAAGGAAUGAUGUAAACAAUUGAAUGGCUCCAUUGUCAUGAAUGUUGCCUUAGUCCACAAAAUGGAGAGUGUUGUGUGGGGAACUGGUGCAAUGCAGUCAGGGGUUUACUUACAUUCAGCUGCCUGAGGUAAAAAAAAACUAUCCUUUCUAUACUUUCUAUACCUCAUUCAAACUACUAUAUACAGUGAUAUCAGUUGUGUGAGCUUUAACAUUGUUUAGUUUUAUUAGGUUUAAAGACAUGCAGACAUAAUGAAUAACACUAAUUGAAAUAAACAAUUCUUUUUUUUUUAUGAAUUAUCUAAUUUUAGUUGACCGCCCCUCCACGAAAAAAAAUUGCCUCAGGUAUAUAAAAAAUAAAACCCUGUACUGCAGACAAGUAGAAUUUUGCACAAAAUCCUCAAGCUCCACAUUUCUUUGGUGUACAGCAGUGUUGUUGUUGAGCACACAUUCAAAUGACUAGGAGACUCUGUAAGAUACAGGGUAAUAUAAUUUUUUUACAUCACCAAAAUAAUUGACGUAAGGAGCAAUUCAAAAAGGUAACACAAGGAUAAGGAUACUUUUUUUUAUAGUGAAAGUUAUCCAUGUAAAGUCCAAAGAAUAUUGGAAAUGGCAGUUUCAUGACUAAAAUAAAGAUUUUUGGAAAUGGCAGUUGCAUGACUAAAAUAAAGAUUUUUGGAAAUGGCAGUUGCAUGACUAAAAUAAAGAUUUUUGGAAAUGGCAGUUGCACGACUAAAAUAAAGAUUUUUGGAAAUGGCAGUUGCACGACUAAAAUAAAGAUCUUUAUCCUUGUGCUAAAGAUUUGCUAAUGGAGCCCCUCGUCUUUAACUAUGAACAUACGCUAUGACAAGGUAGCUAUGUAGUAUACUCUGAGUGCUAUAUAAGUGUGUGUGUGAAGUCGAUAUGUAGACACUGGUCACUUAGAAGAAGCACGUAUCAUCAUCAUUUCUUAAUUCUUCAUGGAAUCGAUAUGUGCCUCUGCCAAGAUCUGAAUUGUUGUCUGUCACACAGAUUCUUAGUGUGCGUGUUGGGUGUAUUUUCUCGUAUUGUUUCUGUAUUUAUGUGUAUAUGAUAUCAUGUUUUACUAACACGUCACGUGUUUGGAGACUGUAAAUAUUCCUAGUUUAGAGCAUUACAGAAAAAAAAAAGUUAUAAAUAUCAGCUUCCUCGCAAUAUUUUAACCUGUGAAGGGAGCUGAAACAGAUGGUAUAAAGGAUUUAUAAUAUGUACAAAAUACCCAGAGCUACUGGUACAUUUACUAAUGGAUUAUAUUUUUGAAAAUUAUAUAAAAAAAAUAAAAAACUUAUGCUGCAAACAUUUAUUACAUUAAAGCCUCCCACCGUGGAACAGGCUCA